GGAUCGUGCAAUCGGAGGAGCCGCUGACCGCUGUGCGGCUGUACCACAACACGCGGCGGUAGCGGGGAGGGGUACCCAUGUGGAGACAGUUCUCUUCCCGUGUGUGGCGUGGAGCCUGUUGUCAGUGGCAGAUCUGCGUUAAAAAGAGCGGAGUACACUGCCAGUUAAGCGUCCAGCCUCCUGUGCCCUGCCUACACCAGCAGACAGUCUCCCUAAGCCUUACUACAACCCAAUGCAAAAGUUUUAGAAAGUCCAAACAGAAACUUUAUGAUCUUAUAUUGACAAUGCCAAAGAAGGUGGACUUGAAGGGGCUUCAAGAGCAACGACUGGCGCGGAAAAAGAAAAUUCGCAAAUAUCCCCCCUCUACUGUUUACCUGCAGGUGUUGGGAUCAGGAGCACCAGGUGCCCCCAAAGCACUCUAUGUCUUCACAGAACAUGCUAAGUACCUCUUCAAUUGUGGGGAAGGCACACAAAGACUAGCACAUGAACACAAAGUGAAAUUAAGCACCAUGGAACAUAUACUUAUAACACACAAAUCUUGGGAGAACGUUGGAGGUCUGCCUGGAAUGCUGCUCACUCUUCAGGACACAGGAGUGCCUUUCAUCACUCUGCAUGGCCCACCAGGCAUUGCAUCUCUCUACUAUGACACUCGGCAUUUCCUGAGAUUCAAGGACAUCAGUAUCCAGUACAAGCACUUUGAAGAGAAUUCAGGACCAAGCACUGACCCACUCCUCAUUCAAGCUGUUCCUCUCUGGGCUAAGUUGGAAGAGACAGUUAGUGGUGAUCCCUCAGAAAAGAUGGAAUCAUUUCAGGAAACUAAUGAUGAAGGUGAAGAUCUGUAUGCUCAUGAGAAGUCUGUGGCUAAAAAGAGGUCAAGCCCUGUGGAGGAAAGCUUCAACAACCCAACACUCAAGCGACAAAAGCAAGGAGAAAGCACAUCCUGUAAGAACCUCAGUGUAGCUUACAUCUGCCGUCCACCACCUAAGGCAGGUGCUCUUAGAUUGGAGCUGUGUGUGAAAGCAGGUGUUCCUCCUGGACCUCAGCUUGGUGAGCUGAAGAAAGGUAAUGACAUCACCUUGGCAGAUGGCAGAAUAGUAAAAGCAGCAGAUGUUACAGAUCCAGAUGAUCCUGGACCUGUAUUCAUAGUUGUUGAAGCACCCUCUGAAGCUUAUCUGGACAGCCUGCUUGAGAGUUCAGCAUUCAUGCAGCAUCAAUUCUCUGGAGGCUCGGAGGAGGACUUGGCAGAGGUGGUUGUCCACUUCACGCCUCAGGAGGUUGUGGCUAAUCCUCGUUAUCAAGAGUGGAUGGCCCGGUUUUCUCCUUCCACAAGUCAUGUCAUAAUUAAUGAUGCAAAUUCCUGCAUGGGUUCAGAGGCUGUCCAUAGAAUACAGUAUAAACUAAAUCAUCUGAAUGAUAACCUUUUCCCACUUCUGGGAGAUAAUGGGAUUCCCAAAAAGGAAGCAUGCACUGAAGGCAAUGCAGAAGAAAGUAACAAUAGUGACUGCAAGGAAACGUUAGCCAACAACAAUGAAGACACGUUACAAUUUGGCAAUUCCCAAAUUAGCGGUGUAGGUCCGACUGUACAGGCGGCUACAUUGCUUAACUAUUAUAUUAGACCCAAGAAAAGAUUUGACAGAUCCAAUGUGCUUCAUUUAUGUCCAGACGCGUACAUACAAGAAUGUUAUGAAGGGGAGAAGUUUGAGUCCACUUUUCUUGAUGUAAAAGAAAAACUUCAGGCUCCUUAUUUAGAUAAGGCAGUGAAUGCUGGUUCACAGGAUUAUCCCUAUGUAACUUUUCUGGGGACAGGCUCUUGUAUCCCAAACAAAACACGGAAUACAUCAGGCAUCCUCUUAGAGUUAAGUCAUGAUAAGGCACUACUGAUGGACUGUGGAGAAGGGACUUACGGCCAGCUGGUGCGGCUGUUGGGGUCUACUGAGUGUGAAGUGCUGCUACAAAAGCUGGUGGCAGUGUAUGUGAGUCACCUUCAUGCCGACCACCACAUUGGCCUCAUUCGUCUUCUGUUGGCUAGAAGAAGAGCCUUUAAUGCAGCUGGAAUAUCAAAUGUUCCCAAGUUGUUGCUUCUGGCCCCCAGCAGAAUCAUGGCAUAUCUUAAGUCCUAUAAUGAAAACUUUGAGCCCAUUCUUGAAGAUUUUACAAUUAUAUGGAAUCAAAAUCUUUUAUAUAAUGACUUUACACUGGGCAAGGAAGACUACAAGAAAUUGUGCUCCCAGCUAGACAUGAAGGACAUUAGCAUGACAUAUGUUAUCCAUUGCCCUAAUUCGUUUGGUGUUGCUUGGAGUCAUGUUAAUGGCUGGAAGAUAGUGUAUUCUGGAGAUACAAUGCCAUGCAAAGGACUUGUAGACAUAGGAAAAGACUGUGAUAUUCUGAUUCAUGAGGCCACCAUGGAGGAUGAGUUAGAAGAGGAUGCCCGAAUAAAGACUCACUGUACCACUUCUCAAGCAAUACAGGUUGGCAAAGAUAUGAAUGCACAGCACACACUCCUGACUCAUUUCUCUCAGCGGUAUGCCAAGGUGCCAUUAAUGGAUGAUCUUCCGGCUCAGGUUGGAAUUGCAUUUGAUAACAUGAAAGUGUGCUUCAGAGACUUGCCAACCUUGCACUUGUUGUAUGAUGUGUUGGUGGCCAUGUUUUCUGAAAAUUAUGAUGAAAUGUUGGAGAAGACUGCCAAGAAACGUUUAGCUCGGCAGAAGUUGGAAGCGGCAAUGAGCAACAUCACCACUAAUAAUAUAACCUCUGAAGAAACAGCAGUGAAAGAAAUCAAUGUAUAGGCUUUUCAAUUACUUUGUUAAUCAAAGAUACAUGUAUAUUUGUAUGUACUUUCAAUCCUUUCUUAACAUGACAGUCAGAUUCACAAGCUCAAUGUGUAUGGCAAAUUUCAUGCUCAGUGUUGUCAAGCUUAAAAAGGAAAUUGAAGACUAGCUCCUCAUAUACAGGAUGCAAAUUGAGUUUCUGCAGAUAUUGCAAGAGAUGAAAGUACAGGUUAGAAGAUUUUCUUUGCACACAUGCAUUUUGAUGCCUUCAUUAUCUGUGGUAUUCACACCACAGAUAUGGAAAGCAUUAAACUUGAAACCAGUUCAAGUGUGGGUGGGCAUUAGAUACAAAUGGGCUGGGGAGGACUUUUCUCUUUUCAUUAGAGACCUGAAGGACCUUCAGUAUAAAAUAAAAUCAAGUAAAAUAAGUACAGGACAAUAUGAAGCAAGCAUCACUAAUAUGAUAUUUACAAUAACAUGCAAAAUUGGCUUUUUGAUCAUGUCACCAGUACAUUUACAUGUCUCUGAGACAAGUAUACUUGUAUAUGUUGGUUGGUAUGGUGAAUGUGGUUUUCUUAAGAGAGCUCUUGCAAACUCAGAUAGAAAAUCAUGUCAUACUCAUACUUUAAAAUUUUUUAAUGUUAUCCAUUCAUAUAACCAGGUAUUUCUUACCUGAUUCAUGUUCAGGAAGGGUGUACACUAUAUUUAUAUGAGACCAGGCAGACAUACCCUUUGUAACCUCCACAUUAAAUA